AUGGGCAACGCAAAGGGACCACGGGCAAGGGUCAAUUCAGACCACACCACCCCCAAUCGUAUCAACCAUGAACCAGAGAGCGAGCAGUACACAUUAAUCCUAAAUCAUGGCAGGCUCUGGCAGUUCGUUCGAGCCAAUCUUAGUAAACACCCUUUGCGGAAGCCAAUAGCCCCUCCAGCGAAACCCUCAUCAUCAUCUAUAAAAGCCUGCCUUUCAAGCGAAGAAAACACGAAUCGAGCAGACUUGGACGCCUGGUUUGAAGCGGAAGCUAUGAAUAACGAGACAGAAAUCACUGAAUCGCGUGAACUUCAAGAUACGGUAGGCGUCCUAACGAACUUCAAGGAACAGGCAAGCACAAAAGAUGUAACUGGCUCGCUGCAAGAAUUCCUUGACUGCGUGAAGCAACUGCAAGGUUCCGUGACUAAGGAAUUUCAGGUGCUCAGCCACGCGCUUUUCAAGCACAGUGUUGGGCUUACCUCUGCGACAUCCUUUGCCGAGGUACAGCACCAUUUGACAGAAAUUGUUCAUCUUAGCGGCCCCGAGCUGGGUUGCGUAUGGUCUACGGUUAAGGUUGGUGUUGGCCUUCUUACAGUGUUUUCCGGCAAUUUACUGAUUGGCAGCUUUGUAGUUGCCCUUGCCGUGGGUUCCUUCGGGACUUCGCUCAUGUGGAAGGCUUAUAGAGACAGUAGAAAGAAGUUCCUGUCAUUCAGAAAAACACGGGAACACGAAACAAAGCUCUCUGCAUGGACACUCCGUAGGCGGUUGCCGCCCCUCAGCUCGACUAUUAUUCGUUCAAAAGAGCAAGGCGAAUGCAGUGUUUUAUUCCCAAAUGCCAGCCGCAAAGAACCUACAUCCACUGUCUGUGAACUCUUGUACGAAGUGCUUGCUGAGGACGACGCUUGGAGUGUGGAUCGAUAA